AUGGUGCCCCCCCCUCCCACGCAGAAAACAACAAAAAAGAACAAUACUAAUAAUGGUGUAACCAAAUGGUUAAAGUCAGCUGACGAACAAAUACGAAAAAUAAUCGUAUUAUCUGAAUUUAGAAAAUUACACUUGGAUUAUUUAUUUUCAUUUGAGUUUACACCGGCAUCAGCAACAUUAUGUGAUCAACAAAACAUCCGUAAUCAACAAAAAAAAUUAGUCGCCAUCGAUUUUUUAAAAGAACAAUUUUCAUCAUGUUUUUCAUCAACUGAUCCAACAACAAUAAACAACAAAAAAUAUGCAACAGUCAUUGAUGGUGGUACACUAUUGGAAAUUAAACCACUGAGAUCAAAUUAUACAAUUUAUGAUUAUGCAAAACAACUAUUGAAACGAACAAUUACCCCACAAUUUAAAAUAUUUCAUCGAAUCGAUAAACGACCAUAUUUUAGAAAAAAGUUAUCACAAGUUCGUCCACAAAACCGGGCACUAUUGGCCGAACGUUUAAAAGAUUGUUGGUCACAGCAAUCAAUCUCUCAACCUCAGCCAAUUUUGAUCAAAGAAGAUUGUGAAGAAGACGACGACCAGAAAGAAGAUUUUUCUAACAACCGAGUAUUUGAUAAUGAUGAUAAUUACGACGACGACGAAGACCUGGUCCAAGAUUUGUAUCAGAACACCGAUGGUAUCACAAGCGACUCGAAUCAAGAUGAUGACGCAAACGAUUUCGAAAAUGAUAUAGAUUUGAUACAAUUUCAACAGCAAUACAGCUACCCACAACUUCCUGAAAAUUUUUCUUUAAUCUCUUUGGAUCAGGAUUAUUUACGUUCACUAUUCAUAUCACUCAAUAAUUCAUUUAAUGAUGAAUAUGGAUUAUCAACAUCAUUGCUUCAAUACCCGAGAUCAAUCUCAAUGCCGCCACCAUCAUCUCAAAUUGCAUCCAUUCAUCGUUUUGUGAGCAAACUCAUACAAAUAAAAAAUAAUUCAUUGGCCCAAUCAUAUAAUAAUCAAGCGAUUAUUUGUCAGACAACAACAACAUUAUCAAAAGGAAUAUUGUUAUGUCCAAUUAGAGCAAAUGUGAAACAAGCUCAAUCACCGCCAAGAUCAUUUUUAUUGAAAUACAACAAUAAUGAUAUUAAACGUCGACAAUCUUUAUUGAGCGCUCCAUUAAGCGUGUAG